AUGAUCUAUGAGCAUUUCUCAUGGAUGUCUGAUAGGGAAAAGCUUAGAGUGGUUUGGUUGGUUUUGGUUUUUUUCUUAAUAUUAUGUGUGUGCUUCUUGCAAGUGACUUUAGCAUCGGGACAGUUUGAGUUGGAGAUCUUAUCCAUGCAAAAUGUGAAUGGUGAACUGCAAAAUGGAAAUUGCUGUGAUGGCACCCGAAACCCAGGAGAUGGAAAAUGCACCAGAGACGAGUGUGAUACCUAUUUUAAAGUUUGCCUGAAGGAGUAUCAAUCGCGGGUCACUGCUGGCGGUCCUUGCAGCUUUGGAUCCAAAUCCACUCCCGUCAUCGGAGGAAAUACCUUCAAUUUAAAGUACAACCGGAAUAAUGAAAAGAACCGGAUUGUUAUCCCUUUCAGCUUCGCCUGGCCGAGAUCCUACACAUUGCUUGUUGAGGCAUGGGAUUACAAUGAUAACUCUACUAAUCCUGAUCGUGUUAUUGAGAAGGCAUCCCACUCUGGCAUGAUCAAUCCAAGCCGUCAGUGGCAGACUUUGAAACAUAAUGCAGGAGUUGCCCACUUUGAGUAUCAAAUCCGUGUGACUUGUGCAGAACAUUACUAUGGCUUUGGCUGCAACAAGUUUUGUCGACCAAGAGAUGACUUCUUCACUCACCAUACCUGUGACCAGAAUGGUAACAAAACCUGCUUGGAAGGCUGGAUGGGACCAGAAUGCAACAAAGCUAUUUGUCGUCAGGGAUGUAGCCCCAAGCACGGUUCUUGCACAAUUCCAGGAGAGUGCAGGUGUCAGUAUGGAUGGCAAGGCCAGUACUGUGAUAAGUGCAUUCCACACCCAGGAUGUGUCCAUGGCACUUGCAUUGAACCAUGGCAAUGCCUCUGUGAAACCAACUGGGGUGGUCAGCUCUGUGACAAAGAUCUGAACUACUGUGGAACCCACGCACCCUGUUUGAAUGGUGGUACCUGCAGCAACACUGGCCCUGAUAAAUACCAAUGUUCCUGCCCUGAGGGCUACUCAGGACAGAACUGUGAAAUCGCGGAGCACGCCUGCCUCUCCGAUCCUUGUCACAAUGGAGGAAGCUGCUUAGAGACGUCCACAGGAUUUGAAUGUGUGUGUGCGCCUGGCUGGGCUGGACCAACUUGCACUGAUAAUAUUGAUGAUUGUUCUCCAAAUCCCUGUGGUCACGGAGGAACUUGCCAAGAUCUAGUUGAUGGAUUUAAGUGUAUUUGCCCACCUCAGUGGACUGGCAAAACGUGCCAGCUAGAUGCGAAUGAAUGUGAGGGCAAACCCUGUGUCAAUGCCAACUCCUGCAGGAACCUGAUUGGCAGCUACUAUUGUGACUGCAUUACUGGCUGGUCUGGCCACAACUGUGAUAUAAAUAUUAACGACUGUCGUGGACAAUGUCAGAAUGGAGGAUCCUGUCGGGACUUGGUUAAUGGUUAUCGGUGUAUCUGUUCACCUGGCUAUGCAGGAGAUCACUGUGAGAAAGACAUCAAUGAAUGUGCAAGUAACCCUUGCAUGAAUGGGGGUCAUUGCCAGGAUGAAAUCAAUGGAUUCCAAUGUCUGUGUCCCGCUGGUUUCUCAGGAAACCUCUGUCAGCUGGACAUCGAUUACUGUGAGCCAAAUCCUUGCCAGAACGGUGCCCAGUGCUUCAAUCUCGCUAUGGACUAUUUCUGUAACUGCCCGGAAGAUUAUGAAGGGAAGAACUGCUCCCACCUGAAAGAUCACUGCCGCACAACUCCUUGUGAAGUAAUUGACAGCUGUACUGUGGCAGUAGCUUCCAACAGCACACCAGAAGGGGUUCGUUAUAUUUCUUCAAAUGUCUGUGGUCCUCACGGAAAAUGCAAGAGCCAAGCGGGUGGAAAAUUCACCUGUGAAUGCAACAAAGGAUUCACUGGCACCUACUGUCAUGAGAAUAUUAAUGACUGCGAGAGCAACCCCUGUAAAAAUGGUGGCACUUGUAUCGAUGGCAUCAACUCCUACAAAUGUAUUUGUAGUGACGGAUGGGAAGGAACGUAUUGUGAAACAAAUAUUAACGACUGCAGUAAAAACCUUUGCCACAAUGGAGGAACUUGCCGAGACUUGGUCAAUGACUUCUUCUGUGAAUGUAAAAAUGGGUGGAAAGGAAAAACUUGCCACUCCCGUGACAGCCAGUGCGAUGAGGCAACAUGCAACAACGGAGGAACAUGUUACGACGAGGGGGACACUUUCAAGUGCAUGUGUCCUGCAGGAUGGGAAGGAGCCACUUGUAAUAUAGCAAGGAACAGCAGCUGCCUGCCAAACCCCUGUCAUAACGGUGGUACCUGUGUGGUCAGCGGGGAUUCUUUUACUUGUGUCUGCAAGGAGGGCUGGGAAGGACCCACAUGUACUCAGAACACAAACGACUGCAGUCCUCAUCCUUGUUAUAAUAGUGGCACUUGUGUGGAUGGAGACAACUGGUACCGCUGUGAAUGUGCUCCAGGCUUCGCAGGUCCGGACUGCAGGAUCAAUAUCAACGAAUGCCAGUCUUCACCCUGUGCCUUCGGAGCUACGUGCAUAGACGAAAUUAACGGGUACCGUUGCAUUUGCCCACCAGGUCGUAGUGGUCCAGGAUGCCAAGAAGUUACAGGAAGGCCUUGCAUUACCAGCGUUCGAGUAAUGCCAGAUGGGGCUAAGUGGGAUGAUGACUGUAAUACCUGUCAGUGUUUGAAUGGAAAAGUCACCUGUUCUAAGGUUUGGUGUGGUCCUCGGCCUUGUGUCAUACACGCCAAAGGUCAUAACGACUGCCCAGCUGGACACGCCUGUGUUCCUGUGAAAGACGACCACUGCUUCACCCACCCUUGUGCUGCAGUGGGUGAAUGUUGGCCUUCCAAUCAACAGCCUGUGAAGACCAAAUGCAAUUCUGAUUCGUACUACCAAGACAACUGUGCCAACAUCACCUUUACCUUUAAUAAAGAAAUGAUGGCACCGGGACUUACCACAGAGCACAUUUGCAGUGAAUUGAGGAAUCUGAAUAUUCUGAAGAAUGUUUCUGUUGAAUAUUCCAUCUACAUUACCUGUGAGCCUUCACACUUGGCAAAUAAUGAAAUACAUGUUGCUAUUUCUGCAGAAGAUAUAGGGGAAGAUGAAAACCCCGUCAAAGACAUCACAGAUAAAAUUAUUGACCUGGUCAGCAAGCGCGAUGGUAACAACACACUAAUUGCUGCGGUUGCGGAAGUCAGAGUACAGCGGCGACCAGUUAAAAACAAAACAGAUUUCUUGGUGCCGUUGCUGAGCUCGGUCCUCACAGUAGCCUGGAUCUGUUGCCUGGUCACUGUUUUUUAUUGGUGCAUUCGAAAGCGCAGAAAGCAGAGCAGCCAUACCCACACGGCGUCCGACGACAACACUACCAACAACGUAAGGGAGCAGCUGAACCAGAUAAAAAACCCCAUUGAGAAACACGGAGCAAAUACUGUCCCCAUUAAAGACUACGAAAACAAAAACUCUAAAAUCGCCAAAAUAAGGACACACAAUUCCGAGGUGGAGGAAGACGACAUGGACAAACACCAGCAGAAGGCCCGAUUUGCCAAGCAGCCAGCGUACACUUUGGUAGACAGAGAUGAAAAGCCCCCCAACAGCACACCCACAAAACACCCGAACUGGACAAAUAAACAAGACAACAGAGACUUGGAAAGUGCACAAAGCCUAAAUCGAAUGGAGUACAUCGUAUAGCAGACAGUGGGGUGCUGCCGUGCAGGGCCUUUAAAUAUCAUUAUAAAGGCACUCAAGAGCUUGUAGUUCUUAAACUGUUGUGUAAUAUUUGAGUCGAAGGCUAUUAUUUACUUAGAAUCCCUGUGUUAAUUUAAGUUUUGACAAGCUGGCUUACACUGGCAAUGAUAGUUGCUGUGGUUGGCUGGAAUACCAAGUGCUGCAUUUCACAUCUAUGCAAAACUAGUCAAAAGUGCCCUCCUGUCAAUUCAGCUGUAGCUGAUACAUCACGGAAACGUUCCAGAAGGUAUCACAUAGCCUUAUCACUCUUCCUUAGUGUUCACUUUUUUUUCUCUGCCAGAUGUUCCGAUUUAUACAGUUUCUUUAGAAGAAUACCUUUUAUUUAUAUUUAUUGAAUUUGAGUUUUUUGUAUAUUGGUUUUAUGGUGACGUACAACUAGUUCUGUAUUUGAAAGUGCCUUUGCAGCUCAGAACCACAGCAACUAUCAAAAAUAAGUUUAUUAUUUAUUUUUUUAUUGUAUUUUUGUUGGGGGCGGGUGGGGGGAACUUGUCAGCAGUUGCUGGUAAAUGAAGAAUUUAAAAGAGGAAAAUGUGUCAAAAAUAGAAGUUUGUAUAGAUAUGUAAAUAAUUCUUUUUUUAUUAAUCACUGUGUAUAUUUGAUUUAUUAACUUAAUAAUCAAGAGCCUUAAAAUAUCAUUCCUUUUUAUUUAUAUGUAUGUGUUUAGAGUUGAAGGUUUUUGAUAGCAUUGUAAGCUUGUGGCUUCUCUAUUUUGAAUUUAUUUUCUUGUUACGUGUUGCCUAUAUGCCAAAACUAAGGUGUUCUAAAAUAGUUUAUUUUUAAUAGGAUGGGCUUUCAUGCCUUGAUGCUGGUUUUUGUACAAUGUCAAACAUUUGAAACACCUUCCAUAGUAUCACUUUAAGACUAUUUGUAAGUACUGACUGAGGCAGUUUAGAUAAUUAGACUAGAAAACUUUUUUUUGCUGCUUUAGACUUGAAAAACGAGUGACAGGCAGAAAAUCUGCUAAGAAGCAGUGUAAGGGAACAAACCUGAGCUAUUACUUUAUGUAGAUGAAAUGUGAGGGGUUGCAUGUAACUAAAAUAUCAAAUUAGCGUGUGAAGUUGG